CCCAGGCCGUCCCCCAGCUAGUCUUAGUCGAGCAGUGCGUCCUGUUACCCACUCUGGGUUCCCGGCCCUCCAGCCAGCGGCAUGGCAGCGACCGGCAAGAAAAUCGUCAUCUUCGGUGCCACGGGCAUGACCGGACUCACCACCUUGGCCCAGGCGAUCAAAGCAGGUUACCAGGUGACCGUGCUGAUCCGUGACCGGGCACGACUGCCCGCCGAGCUCCAGCCCGCUCGAGUGCUGGUGGGCGACGUCCUGAAUCCAUCGGACGUGGACCAAGUGGUCAGCGGGCAAGAUGCUGUCAUCGUGCUGCUGGGCACCCGCAACGACCUGAGUCCCACCACCGUGAUGUCAGAAGGCACCAAGAACAUCGUGGCUGCCAUGAAGGCACACGGCGUGGGCAAGGUCGUGGCUUGCACCUCGGCUUUCCUGCUGUGGGAUCCCUCCCGGGUGCCAGCCCGGCUGCAGCCGGUGACCGAUGACCACAUCCGCAUGCACAAGGUCCUGAAGGAGUCCGGCCUGCGCUACGUGGCCGUCAUGCCUCCCCACAUUGCUGGGGACAAACCACUGACGGGUAACUACAAGCUGUCGGUGGACGCACCUGGUGGGCCGGAGAGCACGCGGGUCAUCUCCAAGCACGAUCUGGGCCACUUCAUGCUACGCUGCGUGGACACCGCUGAGUUUGAUGGCCACAGCGUCUACCCCUCCGGCCAGUACAGCUAGAUGGGCUGGCUGGGGCUCCUUCUCCCCACAUUAAACGGCUCUCAAUCCUUCUCCAUGUUGGCCCCUCUGAGUACCUCCCCCCAGCCCUGCAUUAGAGAGGGCUUCCUCUCUAAUUAGGGGAAUCAGAGAGGGCUAAGGUACCCUCUUUUUUAGUGCAGUGCUCAGUACAGUGCUUCUCAUACAGUAAGAACUUAAUAAAUACUAUUAUUUCUA